AUGGCAGGCGUCGGGUCAUCUCUCAAAGGCCGUCUCAUCCUGAUCACUGGUGGCACCGGAGGGAUUGGCCAGGCGACAGCGAAGGCAUUCGCUCACGUCGGCUGCUCUAUCGCCAUUCACUACAAUGCGGCGUCCUCCAAAGCCAAAGCCGAGACUCUGAUGGGCCAGCUCCAGACUCUUGCGCCCCCCGGCGUCACACCGCGAUUUGCCUCCUUCCAAGCAGACCUUUCCAGCUACGACGAGGCCCGUAGACUGCACGCAGAUGUCGUGCAGACUCUUGGAAAUCCAGACAUCUUAUACAGUAAUCAUGGCGUAGCGGGUCCCGUAAUUGGUCCUGAGGGCAACAUCAAAGAUAUUCCUAUUGACGUCUUCGAGGAGACAUGGCGGACGAAUACAGGGACGAGCUAUCUGCUCGCUCAACUAUGCGUGCCAUACAUGGAGUCCCAGCGCUGGGGGCGUAUCAUCUUUGCAUCUAGCGUUGCGGCAGGUAAUGGUGGUGUGAUCGGUCCCCACUAUGCCUCUUCCAAAUCCGCACUGCACGGCCUUGUCCAUUGGCUAUCUCUCCGAUACGCCAAGGAUGGAAUUACCACCAACGCGAUUGCGCCUGCACUGAUCGAAGGUAGACGUCACCCCCCGGAGCCCGACAUCCCGCUCACCGCGUCCGCAGAUACCAACAUGAUGGCAAACCCUGCCCCGUCCGCGAAGAGUAAAAUUCCGGUGGGAAGACUUGGAAAGCCAUCUGAGAUGGCAGACAUCGUUUUGCUACUGGCCUCCAACGGCUACAUGACGAAUAAAGUUAUUGUUGCCGACGGAGGUUGGACUGUCGGCGGGUUUUAA